GCAUAAAUCCUGGUACCCAUACCAUAGAGCAUCAAGACCCCAGGGUCGUUUUCGCGGUGUAUUUAUACGGCUUUAUGAAGGAUGAAUCUUAUGGAUACCCAGGCGGUCUUCGGUUGGCCAAUAUUGCUGACGAAUGCAUUCCGAAAAUUGGUCUUCCGGCGGACGGGAUGGACAAUGACUGUGAUUACAGAAUUGACGAGGAACUUGCUAAUGGACUCGAUGAUGAUGGAGACGGUGUCAUAGAUGAAGAUCUUGCAGCUGCACCACCACGUCUAAUAAUCCCAGGUGACUACAGUGAUCAAGUUUGUAUCAUAAACACCACGCCAGACGAGACCGGGAGAGCUCGAGGUACAGUUGCACAUAAAUGUCAGCAAAGAGGAGUGACGUCCAUUACAUACACCGACACAGGCCUUUCGUCAACCGCGUGCGAGAAACGUUUGGUGAGGAAGUGGGAGUUGCGCGACGGGUGUGGCCACAUAGUGAACGGCAACCAAACCAUAGAACAGCACAUCAAGGAGCCGGUUAUCCGAUUUCCUCUCGACAUAGACGUGUAUAUAAAAUGUGACGAGUACCGUGCAGACUGGGAGAACAACGAAGUGCCCCAGGUAUUGGAGACAUGCCCAUAUCACAACAUCACCUUCCACAGAGAUACAACAGCGGGUGUAUGUGAUGGUGAGAGAACAAUGGUGCGACACGUUAACUGGACGGCUACUGAUCAAUGUGGGAAGCGACAACACCACCUCCAAACGAUUAACAUCAACCCUCAAGCGUCAAACCAAAUUAUGGAUGUGCAGUGUAAUUCCGUACAAUUGGAAGUGCAGGUGGACGUGGCGAAAUUAAAUGCACAGUAUGAGAACAUAGAUAUGACGAGUUUAAGACUGCUAGACAGGGGAUGCACUCCUUUUCGAAGCGGAUCAAAGCUGAUCUUCAACAUACCACUGGGCGCAUGCGGGACACAAAGGAAGGAAACAGACAAUGCCAUUAUGUACAGUAAUAGGAUACAGUCAGUUAGUUCCUCUAGUGAAAGACACAGGCCUCCUUCCAGCAUAAUUUCAAGAGGGAGGGCACUAAUGCUGCCAUUUGAUUGCGUUUUGCACAAGCAUGCAACAGUAGCCAGAGAAUUUCAACGUAAAGGGCACAAUGUGAUAGGACGAGUACACGUUGUGCACGGCAAUUUCACCAUACACAUGAACAUGUUCAAGGAUAAGAAUUACAGGAUUCCAAUUGUGCAAUUUCCAUAUUUUGUUGCUUUUGGGGAUACCGUGUUUUGGUCAGUUAAACUAGCGACGUCAGAUCCAAAUCUGAAGCUCAUAGUCCAGAUGUGUGAAGCCACCCCUUUUCCUUCGAGGACGUACCCUACCAAAUAUUUUUUGGUCAAGGACAGGUGUCCUACAGAUCCAACACUCCACAUUCAGUCUGCCAGCCCCAAGGAAGUUAAACUGGACUUUGAGGUUUUUGAAUUCAUUCGUAAGAUUGGCCUUGUUUAUGUGUACUGCGAUGUCACAAUUUGUACGUCCGAGGAUACAUCUCCACAUUGCUCACAAGAAUGUUCAUCUACCAGUGGCGCACCACCAACAGAGGGCAGCACUGGACAUCAGCUAAAGCGACGUGAGGCAAACCAUAAACACACUGCUCUCAAUCACUAUGAUCUUUACACUGGACCACUUGUUUAUCGGGAAAAAACUUCAAAGGUUGAUCCACAGUCAAGCUCAAAAUUAACUGUUGCCGCAUCUAAACCAGAGAAUGGUCUGGAGAUACCUUGGCCUGCAGUGAUCCUGGUGGCCAUUGCCCUGGUGGCUCUUCUGGUGGCAGUUGCGCUGCUUCUCUUCGUCAGUAAAAAAAAAUAGACCACUGAUCAUUUCUACCAGAGACAGCAGGGGCGGAUCCAGAGAUAUUUUCUGACAGUCUUCCACAUUAUCUUUGUUGAUCCAUCCUCCAUUUUUUGAC